AUGGCCACCACUUUUGAGGCUUCCAACCCAGCUGUCUACAAAGAGUAUGAGGCCCAAUGGUUCACUCUCCCCACGGACGCCCAAAGCUGGAUCAAGCGUGCAAAGGACGUCGCUGAUGUACUAGCAAAAGACGCUCCAGCCCGAGAACGCGCAAACAAGUCUCCCAAGGCUGAAGUCGCUCUUCUCAAGCACUCCGGUCUCCUCAAAAUCCUUGGUCCAGCUAAAUAUGGAGGUGGUGAACAGCCGUGGAGUGUUGGAUUUAGAGCAAUUCGCGAGGUCGCCAAGAAGGAUGGAUCUGUUGGCAUGCUUCUCGGCUACCACCUCGUCUGGUCCACAACUGCCAACGUGGUCGGAACUCCAGAGCAAGCAGAUCGUUCGCACAAGCUCAUCAUCUCCAACAACUCUUUUGUUGGUGGUGCCGUUAACCCCCGCGACAGCGAUCUCAAGAUCACUUCCAACGGAGAUAAGCUCAUCUUCAAUGGUUUCAAGAACUUUAGUACCGGCGGUGUGAUUUCGGACUUGACUGUUCUUGAGGGUGUUUAUGGUGAGAGGGAAGAGCAUAUCUUUGCUAUUGUCCCGACGCAGCAGCCUGGCAUCCAGUUUAAGCAUAAUUGGGAGAAUGUUGGGCUGAGACUUACCGAGUCCGGCAGUGUUAAUAUCGAGAAUGUUGAGGCGCCAUGGGGUGAUGCCUUGGGAUGGGAUGCUGAGACCAAGAAACCUGAUCCUAAUAUUCUGACUAUUCCUUUCACGAGUCUGUUAUUGCCGACAAUUCAACUCAACUUUUCCAACCUCUACCUUGGUAUUGCGGCCGGUGCUCUCGAGUUUGCCAAAGAGUACACCGUCAAGAACACUCGCGCCUGGCCCUUUGGCGGCGACAACAAGGAGAAAGCGACAGACGAAUUUUACGUCCUCUCCACCUACGGCAACUUCUUGGCCCACCUGCGCGCCGCCGAAGCUCUGGCCGACAAAGUCAACGCUGAAGCAGACUCUCUCUACGCAAAUUACUCAGACGAUCACGCGGGCGUUACAGCCGAGCAACGCGGUGAGUUCGCCGAGUGGGUGGCCAGUCUCAAGGUUGUCACUACAGACACUGGGCUCAAGAUCACUUCCGGCGUGUUUGAAGUCACUGGCUCGAGGUCUACGGCUGCAAAGGUUGGUUUGGAUAGGUUCUGGAGGGAUUUGAGAACGCAUACGCUGCAUGAUCCUGUGGCGUACAAGAAUCGGGAGUUGGGAAGGUAUCUUUUGUUGGGGGAGUAUCCUGAGCCUACUUGGUAUACAUGA